ACAUGACCACUGGGAUUAUCCGGACUUUUUUCCCGUGAUGCUCAGGAGAAACUUUUAUCGGACGAUGUUUUCGCUCCUUCGCGGAGGCUCUCCAUGGUUUAAAUGCAGGAGAAACUGUUAUUCGUUGUUUUGGACCGGAUAUAGUGUGGGUUGGGGCAGAGAUGCGUAAUGCGCAGAGCGAGCUCCAUCUCCUCUCCAAAUAGGCAGCGUUCAAGACCCGAAAAUGUCUAAAUCCGAGGUGAAGAAGGAGUCCGGGGAGUGCAGCCCGCCGGAGGCCGCCUGUCUCUGCUCUCCUCCGGCCGCCAAGAACCAGUGCGCCAGCUGCGGCAUGGACAUCCAGGACCGCUACCUGCUCAAGGUCAACAACCUGAACUGGCACCUGGGCUGUUUGGAGUGCUCCGUGUGCAGAGCGUCUCUGCGCCAACACACCAGCUGCUACGUGAAGAACAAGGAGAUCUACUGCAAACUGGACUAUUUCAGUAGGUUCGGCACUAAGUGCGCCCAGUGUGGCCGGCAGGUGUUCGCCAGCGACUGGGUGCGGCGGGCGCGGGGCAGCGUCUACCACCUGGCCUGCUUCGCCUGUUUCUCCUGCAAGAGGCAGCUGUCCACCGGGGAGGAGUUCGGCCUGGUGGAGGGCCGGGUGCUCUGCCGAAGCCACUACGACAUCAUGCUGGACAACCUGCGCAGGGCCGCCGAGAACGGCACGGGGUUGACUCUGGAGGGAGCGCUGCCCACCGACCAGGACUGCCAACCCAAACCGGCCAAGAGGGCGCGCACGUCCUUCACCGCCGAGCAGCUGCAGGUGAUGCAGACUCAGUUCGCUCAGGACAACAACCCCGACGCUCAGACGCUGCAGAAACUGGCGGAAAUGACAGGACUGAGCAGGCGAGUCAUACAGGUUUGGUUUCAGAACUGCCGAGCGCGGCACAAAAAGCAGCCCCCGCAGAGCGGCUUCUCCCAGAGCGCACCGCUGUCCCGGAUGCCGCCGUCGCUGCCAGAUGACAUCCACUACUCGCCGUUCAGCAGCCCCGACCGACCACACCUGCUGGCUCUGCACGGAUACCUGGACACCCACCCCUUCUCCGUCCUCACCACCCCGGGACACCUGACCCACCCGUCCAUGUCUCUGCCACAGCUUCCCAUCAGCCGCUGACCCCGGCGCGUCCCCGUUUCCGUGGUGACCGGCCUGCCGGUGUCCCGUCUGCCACAUCUGCUCCGCUCGGGGAGCGGGGUCCUCGCUCGGCCGGCUGUUUCCAAUCAGCGGGAUUCUUCAGUGUGAGACUGCUGAUCCAAGCCGUGGUGAUGUCUGCGGGCUAACACAGGAGUUACUGCUUUUUUUUCUUCUUCUUUUUUUUUUUUUUUUUUUUUUUUUUUUUGGAAAUCAAGAGGAGGACCACUUUCCUUUUUCU